AUGGUUUCCGGCGCCUACAAAUCGGAAUUCGGCGAAACCGAUGAGCUCGCUCAUGUGAUGGAACGUGUGAAGGCGUUUGCUGCAAAGGAAGGUCGUCAACCUCGUAUUAUGGUAGCCAAGAUGGGACAAGAUGGUCACGACCGUGGUGCCAAGGUUGUGGCUACCGGAUUUGCAGAUUUGGGAUUCGACGUUGACGUUGGACCGCUGUUCCAAACUCCGGCCGAAGCUGCACAACAAGCUGUUGACGCAGAUGUUCACGUGAUUGGAGCUAGCAGUCUAGCUGCCGGACACCUUACACUUGUGCCUCAGCUGGUGAAAGAACUUGCCAAGCUGGGAAGAGAGGAUAUUCUUGUGGUUGUUGGUGGUGUGAUUCCUCCGCAAGACUACGAUGCUCUCUAUAAAGCCGGUGCAGGUCUGAUCUUCGGACCUGGGACAAGACUGCCAAGUUGUGCUAACCAGGUCCUUGAUAAACUCGAAAACAUGGGUAAGAAAGAGUCAGCGAAAUCGUGA